UCUUAAUAUAUUGAAGAAACCGUUGGUCACUGGACAAGGACUUAACCGUUGCUCUCGAUGAGAAUCACGGACAGUUGCUUUUAACUGAUUUUCGAAAUACCCAGAGACAAGAAGAAAAGCAGGGACAAUGGAGACGGCAACGGCUGUCCUGGCCCAGCGGAUAGGCGCGGUGAUCAGGAGAGCUUCGAAGAAGAGAGCCUCCGACUGGUGGUACAGCCCUCACAUGGCCGCGACGUCCAGUGCGAUCGCAGAACGCCUCCCGCUCGCCGAUCUCAUCCUCGAAGUCAGGGACGCCAGGGUUCCGCUGUCAUCUAAGUAUGAGCUACUGAAGAAUUUCCCAUCUCCAUUGAGGCGGAUUGUGGUACUGAACAAGAUGGACCUCGCGAACAGUUCUCGUACCAAGGAGUGGAUGAGGUACUUUGAGCUGACAAACUGCGAAUCUUUUGCUGUGAAUUCCCAUAAUAGGGAAAGUAUUAAGCAGUUUUUGAAUUUCUUACAAGCCAAAGUAAGAGAGUUAAAAAAGAUGGAUAAUUCUUGCAGCACUGCGGCAAUUAUGUUAGUUGGAAUCCCUAACGCUGGAAAGUCUGCCCUUGCCAAUUCAUUACAUAAUAUUGGCAGGAUAAGUGCGGCAGAGAAAGGAAAGUUGAAGCAUGCAGUGGUGAGCUCACAGCCAUGUGAGACGAAAGAUAUUAGCAGUUUGAAGAUUGCCAGCAAUCCAAAUGUUUACGUGUUGGACACUCCAGGAGUCUUACCUCCAGAUAUUUCCGACUUUGAGACAGGCUCCAAGCUAGCUUUGAUUGGUACACUUAGGGAUUCCUUGGCUGGAAAAAAACAACUUGCGCAGUUGUUCCUAUCAAUACUUGACUCAGGUAGAGAAUAUAAACAAUGGGAAAACCUGUCAACCUCUGGAUCUGGCAGGUUGAGUGUGGAUUUCAGAGAAGAAUAUUCAGGCAGCUCUGAAAUUGAAACAAGAAGGAAAAGGCAGUAUCCCUCAGAUCAUACCCAGGAUUUCAUUGUUCAAGAUGUCCGCCGCGUCCUUUAUGAGAGCAUUUCCUCCACAUGUGUCAAUCUGAGAUGUAGGAAAGAGGUGUUGAGACUUAUCGAGUUACAACUGGCCGCUUUGCGAAAACCUUUUAGGAUCCCCUUGGAAUUAGGUGAAGAAGAUGCCUGUAUCAGAGUUUCCGAGAAGUUAUUAAAUCUAUAUCGAAUUGGGAGGCUCGGACAUUUUACUUUGGACAGUAUCCCAAACCCAAAAGACAUUGAUCUUCAUGAUACUUCAUAAAAUUACCAAUUUCUUAUCUUGAUAUAGUUGGUGACUAUACUUAGUCUUUCUCCGCAUUGCUGAAGUUUUUGA